AGAGAGAUAGUUCAACAAACUUGCACCAUACGUGACAUGUUUUUUCCUUCUAUCAUGCGCAGCACUCGGCAAUUAUUUUAUUUUAUUUUAUUUGGUCAGAUUUUAACAAUCAGGCCUUUUCUUCCCCCCUCCCCCCAUUACCAACUACUGCACCCAACCCCGCCAGACGCCGCUUCUGCACGACGCAGUCUCAGCGGCUGCCGCCGCACUCUCAACUGCCACAGUCCGCUUCUCGACGAAUUCGCCACGCACGGAAAACCCACGAAAGCCAGCCAUAUCUGCUACGCUAGUGGUGAUCCACAAGCAGAGGCGACACAAUCUCAGACAUCCGGCAGUUCGAGACCCACGAGCACGACGACUGGGCGGCGAAGACCUCAGAUCUGAGGUAGCUCCAGCGAACAACGACGCCCGACGCAUUUCUCGGGAGUUCGACAACCUUUGGCAACUACCCACAACCCGAACUACUUCGGAUCCCAUAGACCGCAGUGUUUAGAUCUGUGAGUUCGAAUUAUUUUGAUCACGUUUCAGCGAGGACACAAGUCCUUCUUAAUAAGGUUCAGAUUAGUUUCAGGCCGAUUGAAUUAAGGUUUAGGGUCGACUUCGGGUAUGAAUAGUUGGUAACCUUCUUGCCUUUCGGUCUUGAUUAAGGAUUUCAAAGUGAGUUCUAAGCUCGAGACCUUGUUUUUGUUGUUUCAGGAGUAUAUCGAAUAGUUUAAGAGUGCUUUAAGACUUUCGUAAGUGGUCUCUCACUCGUGGAGCGUUGUUUUGUUGUAUUGCUUAAAUAUCCACUUGUUUGAAUUCUUCGAACUAUUGAAAUGUUUGUUUUUGUCUGGAAUUUGGAUAUUAUGGCUCUUUAUUUACUAUGCUUGGUUGUUUACAUACUAUGGAACUAUUAAGUGGUUUGUACGGAAUUGGGAUAUUAUGGCUCUUUAUUUACUAUGCUUGUUUGUUUACAUAUGAGAUUGUUGAAUAGCAUGGUUAAUAGUGUGAAGUUUUCAAUGUGUCUAAGUUGAGUAAGUUUGGAGGUAAGUAAACUAGCACGGUUAAUUAUGUUGAGUACUGGGUGCCUCUAUACAAAAGUCAAGAGUCGAUACACAGAAAAUUUGUAUAGGGAGUAAGGAUCGCCUUGUGUAGUCACAAGUCCUUCGUAAUGAUUAUUGGCUAUAAAUUGACAUGUUAGCAUUCAGGAAACCUUGGGUCCGAUAGUAGAGUUAUAUUGGUUAAGAAUAGUGUGAAGUUUUCAUUGUGUCUAAGUUGAGUACGUGUGGAGGUAAGUAAACUAGCACGGUUAAUUAUGUUGGGUACUGAGGUGCUUCUAUACAAAAGUCAAGGGUCGAUAUGACAGAAAAUUUGUAUAGGGGGUAAGGAUUGCACUUAUGUAGAGUCACAAGUCCUUUGUAAUGAUUAUUGGCUAUGAAUUGAUGUGUUAGCAUUCAGGAAACAUUGGGUCCAUUAGUAGAGUUAUAUUGGUUAAUAAUAGUGUGAAGUUUUCAUUUUCUCUAAGUUGAAUAAGUGUGGAGAUAAGUAAACUUGCACGGUUAGUUAUGUUGGGUACUGGGGUGCCUGAAUACAUAAGUCGAGUCAAUACAUAGACAAGUUGUAUAGGGCUUGCCAAUUGUGAAUAUUGAGGCACCCAUGUACAGAGUUCGGAGAUCAAUAUUCAUAAUCAUAAUGGCAUGCAAGAGAUAGCUAGGCGCCUUACUAUCAAGGUCAGAGAUCCAUAUACAUGCAUGGGUUCUAUUUGACUGUAUAUAUACUUUUUUGAAUUAUAAUCAAAGGAAAGAGUUCUAGGAGUAUUAACUUUGGAAAACUUAUGUUUUAGCCUACUGGGAAAAGUUCAAAUUCUGUUGGAUAAUUUCAAGUGUUUGUGAGUUCUAGAAUUACUUGAUUUUCGAAUUAUGACUUCAGUUGAUAUACGAGUUUUUAGAUUCUGGUAAACCAAAUGUGAUUAUGGCGAUUCUCAUCAAGGUCUUUGAUCAUUGAUUUAUGAAACCAAGUUAUGAGGUAUUAAUUCUAAAUGAUUAUGAUUUUAGUAUGGGUCGAAUAUGUAUUAUUAGAAAUUAGUUUUGAACCACUAAAUUGUGUAUCCAUGGUGAUUUUUCGAUAGAGUCAUGUCAUGUGAAUGUGUUUUUGUAGUGUAGCUAUGAUAUAUAUGAGGUCUUUCAAACCCACUUUGGCACACAUAAGCUUUCGACAAUGUGUUGGGGUGUGAGGGUUGCACUACACAUGUAUGGCAAGUUGUUCUACUAUAUUCCUUGAGCUUACUUGAUGCAUAAGCAUAACAUGACUACAUUCUCUCUACUAUAUACUUUGAGAAUAUUUUGUAUACAGUAUGAGUAGAUUCAUUCAACUUUCCAUCAGUAACUAGUUGCACGUUGUUUUUUGUGUGUACUACUUGUUGGUACAUCUUUGUAACCAGAGUACACUUUGAGAAAUUACUUGGAAUGUUUCUCAUUAAAAAAAAAAAAAAACCAGAGUAGCUAACAUGUUUUCAUCGGAAUUGUACUAAUUUGAGUUUUAUGUUGGUUUGUAAAUUGAAACAUGUAUGCUUUUCCAUCAGUUCUUUUUACCCAUAUUAUGGUUUUGGAUUUCUGAAUUGAUGGCUGAUUUGUGUGCGAUAAGACACAUUUGGCGGUAGAAUUGGAGUUCAAAAUAUAAUAUUUUUAGGAGUAUAUUUAAACUUAUGAAUUUUGUUCGAUAAAUUUUUGCCAGCCACCUUUUGUUUUAAAAAAUGCUUUAGUUUUUGUAAGUUGACGAUAGACUCCCUUUAUUAGUUGUGAUUUUAUUGUUGACACAUCAGUUAGGGUAUUCUGGGGCAGGGUGUGGGGAUGAUUUUAGCAAUUUUAGUUGUCGUUCGACGCACUUGAAAGAGAACUAGUUAUUAUAUUUGCUCUGCUCCCCAUAUGCUUCUGUUGUAUCAUGUCCUGUUUGCUUCACAAAUUUUGACUGUGAAUUUCAUAACUUACCGGAGUUUGUUUAAUAUAAUUAGGGAUUUAGUUUCUACAUCUUGGAUUUUUUUUUUGGGUGAAAUUUGCAGAAUUGAGAUUGAGGAAUGGCUUCGAGGAUUUGUAUGAAUGUGUCGUGCGGAGCAUCCUCUUCAACCGAGUGGAGGAAAGGUUGGGCUCUACGAUCCGGCGAUUUUGCUACUCUUUGUGAUAAGUGCGGGUCUGCUUACGACCAGUCAAUUUUCUGCGAUGUGUUCCACUUAAAAGACUCUGGCUGGAGGGAGUGCACCUCAUGUGGCAAGCAUCUUCAUUGUGGAUGCAUUGCUUCCAAGUUUCUGAUGGAGCUUCAUGACAGUGGGGGGGUGAAUUGCAUAAGCUGCGCAAAAAAUUUAGGACUUCAUACUACUAGUACCGGUGAAAAGUUGAAUGGGCUUGGCACAUCACAAGUUCAAAAUUCUGGUGAUUUACAAUCAUUUUUAGUGGAAGAUGGUAACAAUGAUAGAAUAACACUCAUCCAAUCGGGAAACAAGACAGAGGGAAAUGAGCUUAGACAAUCACACCUAUCUCAAAGUAAUAACAAAAAUGUAUCCUUAGUUCAAAUGAAACACGAAGAAAAUUGUCCUUCAGUGAGAGAUGUUGGGUAUGCCUGUUCCUUGGAAUCCACUCAGGUCAUGAAUGGGUUGAAUGAAAUUGCCAAACAGGAAAUCUGCAAAGGAGACAAUGGAACAAAGUUUACUUGUGAUUCACUUGCUUUGGGCUGUGGUAACUCAAAUUCUCUUCCUGGAUUUUCGAUUGAUGAAAAGGAGGAUAACAAGUCAUCAUCUCCUUUGCUUCUAGGUUCUAGAUCUCGUCAGCUUAUUCCGAAGCCUGCACGUUCAGUGUUUAAUGUAGGGUCAGAGCCAAAUGCUAGCAUGGUUUCACAAGUACGUGUUGCAAGGCCACCUGCAGAAGGGAGGGGGCGGAAUCAGUUGCUUCCUCGAUAUUGGCCCAAGAUUACUGACCAGGAACUGCAGCAGAUAUCUGGAGCUUCAAAUUCCACUGUUGUGCCAUUGUUUGAAAAGAUGCUCAGUGCCAGUGAUGCUGGUCGGAUAGGUCGAUUGGUUGUCCCGAAAGCUUGUGCUGAAGCGUAUUUCCCUCCAAUCUCUCAGCCAGAGGGCCUUCCUAUAAGAAUUCAAGAUGUCAAAGGAAAAGAGUGGGUGUUUCAGUUCAGGUUUUGGCCCAAUAAUAAUAGUAGAAUGUAUGUUUUGGAAGGUGUAACUCCCUGCAUCCAGUCCAUGCAGUUGCAAGCUGGAGAUACUGUGACUUUUAGCCGCAUGGAUCCAGAGGGCAAACUUAUUAUGGGAUUUCGCAAGGCAUCAAGCUCUUCUAUUAUGCAGAAUUAUUUGAUUGAACAGGAUUCUCAUCCAUCUGCACUUUCUACUGGAGGUCAUUCAAGUGAAUUUUUUUCAAGUGUUUUUGAAAAUCUUCCUAUUUUGAGUGGCCAUUCCAGCCUUCUCCAGUCCUUGAAGGGCAACAUGGAUCCCCAGCUCAAUUUAUUGCCUGGGUACUUCAAUCAACCAGGUAAUGAUAUGAGCUGGCAAAAAGCUGAGAAGCAAGAUGAUCAAUCAAGAGAGUGCUUGCUCCUGUCUUCAAUGCUGGUACCAGAGAGGAAAAGAACUCGAAAUAUAGGGUCUAAAAGUAAAAGGCUGCACAUCGAUUGUCAGGAUGCUCUGGAAUUGAAACUCACAUGGGAAGAGGUGCAGGAUUUGCUUUGUCCACCACCCACUGUCAAACCGAGCAAGUUCAUGGUUGAGGAUCACGAAUUUGAAGAGUAUGAUGAACCUCCAGUUUUUGGGAAGAGGAGCAUUUUUGUGGUUCAUUCAACUCGGGGACAAGAGCAAUGGGCACAGUGUGACGAUUGCUCAAAAUGGCGAAGAUUGCCCGUAGAUGUACUUCUGCCCUCCAAGUGGACAUGCUUGGAAAACAUUUGGGAUCAAAGCAGGAGUUCAUGUUCGAUACUUGAAGAACUGACAACAAGGGAACUGGAAAAUAUUCUCAGAUUGAAUAAGGAAUUCAAGAGGCAGAGAACUUUGGCUUUCCAUAGACCAAUCCAGGAUCAAGAAUCCUCUGGUCUGGAUGCUCUGGCGAAUGCUGCAACUUUAGGAGAUAAUGCCAGUGAUCCAGCUACUGCAUCAGUUGCAACUACAACAAAGCAUCCAAGGCAUCGUCCUGGUUGCUCGUGCAUUGUGUGCAUCCAACCUCCCAGCGGAAAGGGAAAGCACAAACCUACAUGCAUGUGCAAUGUUUGUAUGACAGUUAAACGUAGAUUUAAAACUCUAAUGAUGCGCAAAAAGAAGCGGCAAUCUGAGCGUGAAGCUGAAAUUGCCCAGAAGAAUCAGCUUAAGUGGAGCUCUAGAGAUGAAACUGAGUUGGACAACACCUCUAGGCAUGUAUCCCUGAACCUCAAUCCUUCUGGAAAUGAAGCCCAAUUGACGACAAAUGAUUCUAGAAGCCAAAGUAAUUUGGUCGAAACUGGCAAGGACCAAUUGGAUUUAAAUUGCCAUCCUGACCAAGAAAAUGAAGUAAAAGGGGUACCAAACCGAGUGAGCAUGAUGAGUCUUGUUCAAAUAGCAAGCCUGCCAUUGGAGACAUAUUUGAAGCAGAAUGGUCUUACAAGUUUGUUACCAGAGCUACAGGUAAGUUCGGCAUCACAUGCGCCAGCCCAAGGUACAAAUGAGAUUGAAGGAGCUCUAAAUGAUGAUGGGUGUUUUGCUUCUGCUGCUCAAGAUCAGGAAAGUGAGGGAGAACAAAUUUGUGGAAAAGAUCAAAGUUGAAAUUCAAUCCCGAUAGUUGGAUCUUAAAGAUGCUGCUCUUGUUUGUGAUUAUUAGAUACUAACAUCUAAAAUAUAGGUUAGUUAUUUAAUUUCAAUGUAAAUAGAUUAUUAAAUGUAAGUUUGCUUUUUCUCUUGGCCAAAUGUAUAUAACUUUCCCUUGUUUAACGUACAGAGUUUUUCCCGUUGAAUUAAUGUUGGAAAAUCCUCGAUCCAAUUGAUACAA